GCAACACUGGGAUGCACCAUUGUUAGCAAUCAAUCCAAGCAAGCGGAAGAGAGAUUUUUUCAUAAAAUCUGGAAGCCAGCCAUGGGAGGCCUGAUCCGAGACCGAGGUCCGGGGCGUACCUGCAGACGAAAGACGGCAGGAGUGGAGUAGAGAGGUUUCUGGUCGGAGAAGACGACCAAAUCGGAUAGAGUACGUAUACGUACCUAGUAUAAGUAGUGAAGGACACGACGGGACGGCAGAGCAAGUUCGAGAGAGAAGAAAAGAACGGGAAAUUUCAAAUCUCCAACCAUUGUCCACGUCUCCCCUUACCCACAUCUUCCACCACGUUAGCAGAAGAAUAAACUGCAAGUUGCCGACUAUAGACAAAGCCCUGUCCUUAACAACCCUCCCACCUCUUCCAUUCAAAAAAUGCGUUUCCUCACCACCAUCCUGAGUACUACUCUAAGUCUCCUCACACUCAGCUCCGCCGCCGCCACCAUGAACACGACAAACGGACUCGGCACGACGCCCGCCCAGCGACACAUCAUCUCCGCCGCGCAAGCCCAAACCAUCAUCACAGGCGCCACCGCCAACGCAACAGCGCUCCAAAUACCCGAAAACAUCGCCAUAGUCGACCCUUCGGGCCUGCUCGUCGCCUUCCACCGCAUGGACAACGCGUUCCUGGGCUCCAUUGACAUUAGCCAGAAGAAGGCGAGGACGGCAGUCUUGUUCAAUGGCGUGUAUGCGAGUGCGGAUUUGUAUGCGGCGGUGCAGCCUGGUGCGCCGCUGUAUGAUGUGCAGAAUACGAAUGGCGGGUUGAUUGCUUUUGGGGGUGGAGUGCCCAUUUACAUUGAUGGUAUCUUGAUUGGGGGUGUGGGUGUUAGUGGAGGUAGUGUGGAGCAGGAUUUGAGUGUUGCGAAUGCUGGCGUGGAGGCGCUAGGUGCGACCACGAAGGCGUAGGUUGAUACGACGAUAUAUAUAGCGGAAAUCAAUUUGGACUGUUAAAAGACUAUCGUUCUAUAAUCUA